AUGCCGUCCGACAAGCAUGCCCCUGCCGACCCCGAGGACGCCAUUCCAGGGUACAGGACAGACCCUGGCUCUCUCGUCCUUGUGGCAGGAGCCACGGGGGGUGUCGGGCAACUGGUUUGUGCCAAGCUCUUAGAGAGGGGAAUGCGCGUGCGGGCCCUGUGCCGCAGCGAGGAGCGCGCGGCACGCCUGCUGGGGCGGCGGGAGGGCCUGGAGGUUGCGCUGGGCGACGUUCGGCAGCCGUCCACGCUGCGCCCCGCUUUCCAGGCGGUGCAGGCGGUGGCAUGCGCCAUGGGCACCACCGCCUUCCCCACGCUGCGCUGGCUGGGCAACAACACGCCCGCCGCGGUGAACGAGGCGGGCACGCGGGCGCUGAUCGACGCCGCGCAGGAGGCCUGCCCGGCCGCGCCCUUUGUCCUGGUCAGCAGCGCAGGGGUGGAGCGCGCCGAUCGGCUGCCCUACAGCAUCCUGAACGCGGGCGGGGUGCUCACCGCGAUGGCUGCCGCCGAGGCGGCGCUGCGAGCGUCUGGCCUGGCCUACACCAUCGUGCGCCCCGGCCGGCUCACCGACGGGCCCUACACCUCCUACGACAUCAACACCCUGCUCAAGGGGGUGGCGGGCCAGCGGCAGGCGGUACAGCUGGCGAGCCGGGACGUCCUGGACGGCGAGGCGUCCAGGAUUGCAGUGGCUGAGCUGGUGGUCCAAGCGCUGGUGACGGGGGCCCUCCGCGACACCUCGGUGUCCAUCAGCAGCACGACGGGCUCGGGGCCCGGAGAUGAUACAGGAGAAUGGAAAAAACUCUUCCAAGGUUUGGCCUGA